AUGGCAUCCUCUGUUGAACCCUUCGUCUAUCUUGACUAUAACGCAACUACGCCGGUGGACCCAGAAGUCGUAACGGAGCUGAUGCCGUAUCUGGGAGGAGAGGAGUUCGGCAACCCUAGCAGCUCUCAUCUCAAAGGACGGCAUGCGCAUACAGCGGUUGAUAUGGCUCGGGGGAGAGUGGCAACGUUGCUCGGCUGCGAUGAAACGAGUGUUUUCUUCACCUCGGGAGCUACUGAAUCUCUGAACUGGGCAAUCAAAGGGGCGGCAUUCCAACAACGGAAGGAUAGUGGUCGGAACCAUAUCCUCAUCAGUGCUGUUGAG